AUGAGGGACGAGGAGGACAAGCCGGCCAAGGCAGCGGAGCCCGCUCCAGAAAACGAUGGCUCGUACCGAUACCCUCGACCUGAGCCGGCAGCCAAGAUUGCGCGACGCGAUGGCGGCGAGGCGCAAGAUUCCAACGUUGCCGAGCCAGCACCAGCUGGCUCUGCCGCGGACACUAACCCGGACUCGCUAGCAGCAGCGCUGUCUCAGAUUCCGAUCGAGGUCGAAGAGGAUCCGUACAAGCCGCCGACGCACCUCGAGUUUGUCAAGAACAGGAUUGCGAAUGAAAAGAUUCCACCUGGAUUUUCCAAGAUUCCUUCCAAGCACUAUAUCCUCCGGCCCGAGGCGAUUGAGUCGGUCUGGUACAUGUACCGCAUCACGGGUGACCCGGUGUGGCAAGAGAAGGGUUGGCGCAUGUGGAAGUCGAUCAUCGAGGCGGUGCGGACUGAAGUCGGCCACAGCGCGAUCCACGACGUGCUCAUGGAGAAGUCACCGCAAAAGGACUCGAUGGAAAGUUUCUGGCUCGCAGAGACGCUCAAGUACUUUUACCUACUCUUCGCGACCCCCGACGUCUUGAGCCUGGAUGAGUGGGUUCUCAACACGGAGGCGCACCCGUUUAGGAGGCCUGACGCGAAGAAGGCGUAA